GAAAACUAAAAAAUCCAUUUCACUUGAAACAUUCAACAAUGUAACUAUUAUUAAUGAUUCAUUUCUUACUUUUUCGGUGUCAUUUGAUUUUUAACGAUUUCCUUCAAAGCUUCGAUAAAGCGCCAUGCAUAAUAACCGCCGAGGGGCCGAGGAUGUUCAUUGGCGACUUUUUUCGAUAUACAAAUCGCAAAUCGCCAAGCCAACACGAUCCAUAUAUCACCAUCGUCAUCGCCUCGACAAGUUUAAACACGUGGGUCUCCUAUGAUCUUAUCGCUGCUUUGAUCUAAGGUUUAUCAUACGAAUUCAUAUCACGAGAGUUCAACAGCAAAAUCCGUGAGAUUAUAAGAAAAUACGAGUGGAAAAUACAUGGUCGCGUGAAUUUUCAGUGAGAAAUUACAAAAGAAUGGCUCUGUCACCUCGAGAAUCUGGUAAAUUUAUUGCGAGGAUGGCGAAACAUGUUUUCAUCGAAGACGAAGGAAUUAAAAACUUAUCAUCUGUGGUACUGGAGCGUUUGAUUGAGCAAAAUUCCACUCAAGAUCCUGGUUUUGGUCUCAGCACAGAUUUUUCUCAAUAUGAUUUUCAUCCCAAAGCAGACAAUCCAAAAGCGAUUGACUGGAUUUUCCUUCUGGACACGCUGAAUUUUUCAUUUUGGAGCCCAAGUUCAGAACGCAAAUGGAAAGUCAAUGGUCAAACUGGUUACUUUGCUUUGUGUGCUGCAAUCAAAAGAGCAAUCGAUGAAAAAGUUCCAAUAACCAGUCCCAAUUACUAUGGAAGUAUAACGAAUGAAGAAUUGGCGAGAAUUCUUCGUGGUGAUGAUCCCAAUUACGUGGCUCCUAUGAUCGAAGAGCGAGUGAAAAAUUUACAAGAAGUUGGAAAGAUUCUCGUUGAAAAAUACAACAGUACUUUUGUGAAUUUCGUUCAAUCGUGCAACGGGUCGGCCGAAGAAUUGUUGAAAAAAAUUGUCAAUGAAUUUGAAUGUUAUCGAGACGAAGCUGAUUUUCAUGGAACUCGAGUUUCAUUUUACAAACGAGCUCAAAUAUUGAUCGGCGACAUCUGGGCUUGCUUCAGAGGCAAGGAUGUCGGUGAAUUCAAAGAUAUCGAUAAAAUAACAAUGUUCGCUGACUACAGAAUUCCUCAGGUCCUUCUGCACUUCGGGGCAAUGAGAUACAGUAAUCCACUGUUGAGUGCUCUUCAAACAGGCACGGAAUUGCUGCCAGGCUCGUUGGAAGAAAUUGAAAUUCGCGGUUGCUCGAUCGAGGUGGUCGAGCGAGUAGUGGACUUUGUUCGAGGAGAAUUAAGAAAAUGUAGUUCGAGUAUCGAUCCUUCGAAAUGCAACGCGAUAAGGGUUGAUCAUUUUCUCUGGGAUUACAGGAGAGAUCACGUCGAGGAAAUGGACCGAUUUCCAUUUCACAAAAUCAGGACGAUUUAUUACUAGAUUCUCACUACUUUCAUUUUAUUGCGCGGGGAAAAUUUUCGCGAGAGUGGAAAACACAACGAACCCCAAAUAAGCUGUGGAAUAAACAAACAAACAUUGGAUUGAAAAACAAACACUUAUAUUUUUGUACAAUUCGGAUCUCGUGAUAAAUACACUUUUUUUCAUAUAUUAA